AGAUCUCAUGUUCGAAAACUAGGGAAAGGGGGGAGGAUUCCCAGUUGCCACUAUCAACGAUAGUUAUUAUAGAGCAUUUAAAUUGGAAGAGAAAUCUUUAAUUGUACGUUAUAAAAAGGAAUCAGGUGACUUUUCCUCUGCACCCUCCCCCACAAGCGCUCGUGGUGCUGGCUCCGCUCCAGCCCCGCCAAGCUCCGCGGUCGCCGCGGACGGGAGCUGACUGGGGUCAAUUCAAGUCAUGAAGGUUGUAAGAAACGCGGGGUCUUGGCUCUUGCGGUUAUGGGCUUGGCCACCGACGACCAGGGUUGCCGUGGCCGGAGUGCCGGCCCCCACCAUCCACACUAGCGCCCAGCAGAUGCAAGACGCAGCGGCCAAGCCGGAAGUUGAGAAGACGAAGGCUCCGGCGCCGGCUUCGAGCCGCAGCAGCUUCAGCAUUUACCCUCCAAUUCCAGGACAAGAGAGCUCUCUGAGGUGGGCAGGAAAGAAAUUUGAGGAGAUCCCAAUCGCACACAUCAAAGCAUCAUACAACAACACACAGAUCCAGGUAGUCUCUGCCGCUCACCAGCCCCUUGCCCGCGCUUCCUGUGGCACGGAGGGGUUUCAGAAUGCCAAGAAGGGCACGGGCAUUGCAGCGCAAACAGCAGGCAUAGCUGCCGCGGUGAAAGCUAUGGGGAAGGGUGUGACCCACGUCCGAGUUGUGGUGAAAGGCCUGGGGCCAGGGCGCUUGACUGCCAUCAAGGGACUGACCAUGGGGGGCCUGGAAGUGAUCUCAGUCACAGACAACACCCCCAUCCCGCACAACGGCUGCCGCCCCAGGAAGGCUCGGAGGCUGUGAUGGGCAGGAAGCCUGCACCUGAACCUGACCUCAAGUCCUGCCUCCAGCUGGACAUCAUGGAAAGCACACUGUCAGAGCUCUCUCCAGGGAGGGCUUGUUAGACACCCUUCAGGCAGUAAGGGAGAGCUCUGCCUCCUUAUGGGAUGGCCUUUGCUUGUUCCUUCGACUGGAGACCAGUAUGCCCAGAAGUGCCUCUCUUGGACAGGAAGGGAGCUACAGGGGCAGCUGUGGCCCAGACUCCAACCAGUAAAUGCUGCAGCUGCUCUGAAAAAAUAAAAGUAUCUCCACCA